GUGCAUUAAUAUUAUCUGUGCUGAAGAUUUUCAAUUUUAUGUAAUCAAAAAUAUGCCGUGAGUUCAUCAUCUCUCUAUCUGAAAGUUGCUUCAUGCUUCAUCAUGGGUCCUCUGGAACUGGCUUUUUGGAAGCCUGAUAUUUCUUAAAUUUUUCUCUCCUUGCUCCAUCAUCCAGAAAGCUACAGUUAGCUGAAGCUCAGCCUUCCCUGCCAUUGCUCUUUUCCUCUGGAACUGUUCUGCUCUCUGGCCUUCUCCUAGAAUCAUCAUCCAUAGCUGCAGCUGCUUCUUCCUGCAGGGGAAUGGGUUCUUGAGCCUGCCUGCAUGGUUCACCAACAACACACCCAGUUGGAAGAUAAAAUGGUUGAUCAGGCGGCUGUCAAGACCUCUCCUCCUAUCCAACCCUCUCAUGGAAAGGUCUCCAAUACUCAUAUGUAGUUGGGUCAGGCUUCCUAUUUGCUCCAUCUGAUCUUCCACUGAUAUCUCCUCGAAGGCCCCAGGAAGGAAUGCUGGAUUUGGAAUCGGAGAACCUGGGUUCAAAUCCCACCCCUGCGGCUUGCUCCCUGUGUAACCUUGGGCCAAUCACUUAACUUUUCUGGACCUUAAAUUGGCCAAUUGUAAAAUGAGGGAAUUGGAGUCAAUGACCCAUAGGCUUCCUUCCAGCUCUAAAUAUGUUCUAGUAGUAUCCCCUUACCCUUGCCCCAGUCUCCCUUGUCUCCUGCUGGGCUUUGGCUAGCCUCUGACAGCUAUCUCCCAGAUUCGAUCAAGAAGAACACGCUGAAUCCCCAAACUGCAUGAACAGAGUCUCUUUCCCUCCCUUCCACUCUCCUUCUUCUGCUCUCCAGGCAAGCUUCAACAGGAUCCCCCAGCACACCUGAGCAGAGUAGGGAGAGGACUCGGCUGCUCUUACUUGCCCCCAGCUUGAGAGAAAUGCUCCCACUUCUGUCCCUCUUCAGCUGGGUGAUCUGUUGCCAGGGAGCAAUGGAAGGUUCCCAGAGCUUCCAUAUACUCCAGAUCUCUCACUUCUGGAACCAGUCCUCAGUACAGUUCUGGGGCAACGCCUCUCUAGGGGGAUUGACCACUCAUACUCUGAAGGGCAGUGGCCACAACAUCACCAUCCAGCAGCUGAAACCUCUGGAGUCCCCUGAGAAUUGGCAGCAGACUAAGAAGCACCUGCUCAACUACCUUGAUGAAUUUCAGGUCUUAGUCCGACUGGUGAACAAGGAACGGGGAGUGGCCUUCCCGCUGACCCUGCACUGUUCUCUGGGCUGUGAAUUGCCCCCUGAAGGCCAAGACGCCCAUGUCUUCUUUGAGGUUGCCCUGAAUGGGAGCUCUUUUGUGAGCUUCCAGCCAGAGAAGGCCCUGUGGUCAGCAAAUCCACACCAGGGCCACCCCCCAGAGCUGUACGACUUCACCCUGAAGCAGCUGAACAACUAUAACCGAACCAGAUUCGAGCUUCUGGAUUUCCUACAGGACACAUGUGUGGGCUUCCUGAGGCAGCACAUGGACAGGGUUUCAGGAUCAGUGUCCCAGGUUCCUCGAUCCUACACAAUGCUGAUCCUGGGCAUCAUCAUGGGUGUCUUCACUAUCUCCAGUGUGGCUGUUGGCAUCUUCCUGUGCACAGGGGGAAGGUGGAGCUAAUCUUCCUCCUUGCUACAAAAGCAGGACUGGUUAUCCCAUCCCAGAAAACCACCUGAGACUGAGGCUCUAUGGAUCCAAGAGGGAGUGAUGGAUUAUACCCUCAUCUGGCUCCCUUGAUCUCUCACCAGAGAUUUUGGCCUCAGGAACUCUAUAGAUGCUUCAGUUGGGGUUCGUACCCUGAGAGAGAUGCAGCACCAUGGGUGUAUCCAAGGACAACAACAUGAAAAUCGACCCCAAACUGUUCAACAGUAGGAAUCCUAGGGUCAUCCAGUCUAAGCAGGGUAAGGGUCACAGCAUUUAGAGCUUGAGCAAACUUAGAGAUCACCUAGUCCUCAUUUUAAAGAUGAGGAAACUGAGGUCCUGAGAGGUUUAAGAAAUUUGUCCAAGCUCAAAAAGAUAGUAGGUAGCAGACAAAUGGGGUUCCAAACUUAAUGUUCUUUUUGCUACCCCAUGAUGGGCCAUGGAAGUGGUAAUAUCUCCUCCUGUUGAAGCCAGAAAGCCUAAUGAUGGAGUCAUUACAUAAAAAGAGCCAUUAGAAUGAUUAUGGACCAAUGGAUUGGGACUGUGGGUGAGAAAUCACUUCUCAGGUAGGUGGGAUUUCCAUCUCUUACAAUGACAGAACCGUACUACCCCCCAACCCCCACUCCCAACAUGCAGUGACAUUGAAGUAAACAAGAGUCCCCUCCUACGUCAAGGACAAGUGACAUCUAAACCUUAUUUCUCUUUUUCUCUUGGAAAAUGCCAUUAGGAGUCCCAUUUCUCAUCCCACUUCCCUCAAUAGUUCCUAUCAGUAGAAUAGGACAGAGUCUGGGAAGGUCUUGAAAGUGAAAAAAUGAGUGCAGGGAGAGGAAAAGGGUAGUCAGUUCCCAUCACUGGGGAUCUUCAGCCUAGGAGAUUAAAAACCUGAUUCUGCCAAUGACACAUGUGAGCUAACCUCUCCAUCUCUCUGGUCCUCAAUUUUCUUGUAUGCAAAACAUGGAUAAUACUUGCUUUACCUACCUCACAGGGCUGUCGUGAGGAUUUCAUUAGAUAGGAGUGUCUGUAAAAUAAUUUGUAACCAUCAGACAUCUGUGU